AUGGGGUACAAAACUCUGUGCUUUGGACUGACUUGUAUUCUUUUUGCUUUUUAUAUUUAUACGCCAAUGCCAGAAAACAUUGAAGAACCAUGGAAAAUAAGGAUCGUGGAUGCUGCUAUAAAAACUACUUCACUUAUGGCUAUGAUAUUGGAAAAAAUAGGCCUUAAAAGCUUUGAAACAUUGUAUGCCACAUUAAUAAAACUGGACUAUACACAACCAAUUUCAGAUGAAAAUGUUACAGUGAUGGAUACAACAUUUAGUGAUAUUCCAGUACGUUUGUACUUGCCAAAGAGGAAGAGAGAAAGCCAGAGACCAGCUGUAAUUUAUAUUCAUGGUGGUGCCUUUGUCUUAGGAAGUUACAAGCAUACACCUAUGGACCUCCUGAAUAGAUGGACGGCAAACAAAGUCGAUGCUGUUGUUGUUGGAGUGGACCCUAGACUAGCUCCUCAAUAUCCAUUUCCAGCUUCCUAUGAGGAUGUUGUUUCUGUGGUCAAAUUCUUUCUACAGGAUAAAAUCCUUGCAAAAUAUGGAGCGGACCCCAAUCGAGUUUGUAUUUCAGGUGAUAGUUCUGGGGGUACACUUGUAGCAGGAGUGACUCAACUGAUACAGAAUGAUCCAGAAUUAAAAAAUAAACUGAAAGCACAAGCUUUAAUUUACCCUGGCUUACAGCUAGUUGAUGUCUCUGUGCCAUCUCACCGAGAAUAUGAGCAUGGUCCACUUCUGCCAUGGAAAGUGGCAAUCAAACUUGCAUGCCUAUAUUUCACCCAGGAUAGAGCAAUCCCCCAGGCAAUGAUGAAAAAUCAACACAUGCCUCAUGGAUCAAUGCAUCUGUUCAAGUUGGUAAACUGGAGCACCUUCCUUCCUGAAGAGUACAAGAAAAACCAUGUAUAUACUGAACCAAUUCUUGGAAGACUUAAUCCUUCAUAUUCAAUACUUUUGGAUACUAGGUUAUCACCCUUGGCAGUCAAUGAUUCCCAGUUGCAAAAUCUGCCCUUAACUUACAUCCUCACCUGUCAACAUGAUAUUCUAAGAGAUGAUGGACUUAUGUAUGUCUCACGACUUCGAAAUGUUGGAGUUAAAGUUUUUCAUGACCAUAUGGAGGAUGGAAUCCAUGGAGCUUUAUCAUUCAUGGCCUCACCAAUUUACUUAAAACUAGGCAUUAGAAUAAAAGAUAAGUAUAUUAAUUGGCUAGAAGAAAAUCUGUAA